AAAAUCUGAGGCUGUCUCCUAUGUAUUUGAAAUACGUUGGUUUUUUUAAAAAAAUUAAACAAUCAACAACCACCACUUGCUGUGUCAAAUGUCCCAGGGGAAAGGGGUGAACUCUCACACUUGAGUACAAUAGCAGAUGAGUUGUCAAGUGUUCAUUUUAUGAGUCUACCUGAAUUCCACUAAGCCAUGGGGGAAAACAGUCCUGAGAAUGUCAUCUAUUACAAAGUAGAGGAAGAUGACUUGGCCCAGGAUAAUAAACUGUUGAGGUGGGUCGACAAGAAUGGCCUUGUCCCAUCGCCAUCCAGGACAGUGUAUGACAGGACAAUGGUUCUCAUUGAACAAGACCAAGGACCACUGGAGGAUGAGGAAGAGGAAGAGGAAGGGCAGUGUGGGGACCAUCUGCCUUUUCUACCUGAUAAUCAUGAGGACAGGUUUAUUUUGAUAGCUGACCAUGAAGGAAUGUCCCAGGGUUAUGUGCAGCACAUUAUUUCUCCAGAUCAGAUUCAUUUGACUAUCAAUCCUGGCUCAACGCCCAUGCCUCGAAACAUUGAAGGAGCCACCCUCACUUUGCAAUCAGAGUGCCCGGAGACCAAGCUCAAAGAAGUGAAGCGCUACCAGUGCACGUUUGAGGGCUGCCCUCGUACCUACAGCACAGCAGGCAACCUGCGCACCCACCAGAAGACACACCGGGGGGAAUACACCUUUGUGUGCAACCAGGAGGGGUGUGGGAAAGCCUUCCUGACAUCCUACAGUCUCAAAAUCCAUGUUCGAGUCCACACUAAGGAGAAGCCUUUUGAGUGUGAUGUUCAGGGCUGUGAAAAAGCCUUCAAUACACUGUACAGGUUAAAAGCCCAUCAGAGGCUUCACACGGGGAAAACAUUUAACUGUGAAUCAGAGGGUUGCAGCAAGUACUUCACUACGCUCAGUGAUCUGCGGAAACACAUUCGGACGCAUACUGGAGAAAAGCCAUUUAGGUGUGAUCAUGAUGGCUGUGGGAAAGCCUUUGCUGCAAGUCAUCACCUGAAGACGCACGUCCGGACACACACCGGUGAGAGACCCUUCUUCUGUCCCACUAAUGGUUGUGAGAAGACCUUCAGCACACAAUAUAGCCUCAAGAGCCACAUGAAAGGACACGAAAAUGGCCCCUCCUACACUUUGCUCUCCAACAGCAGCCUCUCUGAGGACACAAACCACUCACUCUGCCUGAGCGACUUGAGCCUCAUGUCCACAGAUUCGGAACUGCGGGAUAAUUCAAAUCCAAUGCCUGGACAGGACCUGAGUACGAUCUCACCAGCAAGCAUCUUUGAGUCCAUGUUUCAGAGUCCAGAGCCUCCCGCAAAUCAGGAAGACUCUCCGCACACAGAUGCCUUGACGGACGAUUUUGGUGGUGAUGCAGACCCAGCCCCUGCCAUCCAGCCCCCUCCAGGAGAGGCUGCUCCUUUAUCCCUGCCACUUGUUCUACAGCUGGGCAUCUCUGAGCCUUCUCCCCCGGCACUGCCCCCUGACCCCACUGGUACUCAGCAAGCAGCAUAUGGAUCCCCUGCCACUGUCCUGCAGUCCCCAGAAGUGCCUGCUUCCAACAGCACACUGUUUGCAGCCAAUCCUCAGGAUUUCCUGCAGCACGUUCAGACUCCUACGCAGCCCGUUGGGACUGGACUUCCUGUGCUCACAGGCGCAAGCCCUGUGCGGCCGGCAGGGGGUGCUGCAGAGGUCCUGUCCGGUGGGGUUCAGCCUGUGCCUGUUGGAGGGAGCUCUGUGCUGGCCAGCAGCCCAACUAUCACCAUCACCCCAUCGCAGAGCGCAGCCAUUCUCCAGUCCAGCAUCGUCAUGGGGGAGCAAAACCUCCAGUGGCUUUUAAAUGGUGCCGCCAGGACGCCCCAGAACCAAGAGCAAAUGCCACAGGCUCCAGUGGUGGAGCAGGUCUUCUUUACGACGGCCCUGCCUGUUGCAAGUAAUGCAGGAAGCUCCGUGCAGCAGAUUGGCCUGAGUGUGCCCGUGAUCAUCAUCAAGCAGGAAGAGGCCUGCCAGUGCCAGUGUGCCUGCCGGGACUCGAGCAAGGGCAAAGCCAGCAGCAGCAGUAGCAGCAGCAGCAGCUGUUCCUCGCUUGGCACCAAGACCUCGGGGGAGCGUCCUGCGCCGGGGCCUCAGCCUCCAGCCUUCCCUGAGGUUGUGGCCCCCAGCACCUCCUCUGCUGCUAUCCUCUCAUCAUCGUUGCCUCCUUCUUGCAAGCGCAGUGCUCUGGUGGGGAACCCGUCAGGCUCACAGAACCAGUCCCUAAGUGCCAUGGAUGUCGCAGACUUUCUCUCCCUUCAGAGCCCUGAGACCCCCUCCCCUCUGACUCCCAUUGAAGCUCUGCUGCAAGGGGAGGAAGAACUUGCUCUGGGCAGCAGCUUCCCCAAGUGAAGCCCUCCUACCUGGCCCAAGGGGAUGGAGGUUGAAGGAUGAGCAAGAGCCUGUUGCUCCCUAGAAGCUGGGCCCUCGCCCUUAUAAGGUGAGGCCUGUCCAUAGGGAAAAGGCAAAGUUAUGUCUGAAUGGCUGGCUGCACUGUCUUGUCACUUUGGCUCAGGGUGACACAAACGCAGGCAUCGGAGUCGUCUUGAGUGGAUUUGGGCGGCUGGCUGCUCUCGUUGCACCUUGCUUUAGUGGUGAUGGAGGAGGAGACGGGGAGCCGUGCUGGUGGCACGUGAGGGUGUUGCAGCUCCGUGGGGUGUCUUCCGGUCUACGUGUGCACUAUUUGUAUUCUUAUACUGGGGGGAGGGGGAGGAGAUGUUUAUGUGGGAGGAGUGCAGUGGCAAGGGGGCUCUCGUAGCAGCAGCUGCACUUUGCAAGGUGGGCAGCUGGGGAGAGGUGGGCCUGGGCCCCACAGGGGCUCACUGUUUUACUAGCGUUCAGCGUGCUGCAAAUACAAGGCGGGCAGAUCAUCCCUUCAGAGUUUGCACAGGUGCAGAUGGACUUGCUCCGUAGUAGCUGCUGAGUUUCUGUGUCUUUUGUAGAUAUGUUUCUUGGCAGUGGAACGCCACCCUCUCUGCCAUGCGUCAACAUGGGUGUUUACACAAGUUCAAGGGCUCAGAGGAUUUGCACUGUUUCAGCUUUCCCAAAACCACUUGCUCAGCACAGCAGCUUGUGGCACAAAAAGGCGCCCCUACAGGCUCAGCAGACUUUGGCUCUGUGAAGGUAUUGGUGUGGAUCAGGUGGAGCUGCUCCUGCAUCCCACCAGUUCUGGCAGAGUGUGCCCCUUGAAUGUGCGACACAAUCCCGCGGCUGCUCCGUGCUGUGGUGCCUGUAGAGCGACUCCCUUCCUUGGCAAAGAGCUGGUGCUCAGCCAGCUAGGCCUCCCACCCUUUCCAAAGCCUUCCUCUUUUUUUUCCUGCCCUCAGCCUGCUGCAGUGGAAAAUGCAUCCUUUUGUAUCUUCUAACUUACUCAGGGUAAAAUCCUAACAGACUCUCCUCCAUCCAGCAGCCUGUAAGGGUUUGAUAAAUCUCCUUUGUAAUGUUUUAUUUAUAUGCCAUUGUUCAUGUUAAAAAAGAAGUGAACAGCCUUCCCCAACCUGUUGUCCUCCUGAAGUGUUGGACGGCAUCUCCUGUAGAUUGCAACCUGCAUUGCCAUUGGCUUGCAGUUAUGGGUGUUGCAGUCCCACACACCUGAAAGGCACCAGGCCAAGGAAGGCUGCCCUACAUAGUGUUCUUCCAUCAGUCUGGAUUUUGCAGCUGCUCCCUUGUUCUAGGAGGGUCUUCAUUCAUUCACUGUGUAGCUUGAUAUUUGUCUAAUAGACAGUAGCUGUGAGGAAAUGUCUUGCAUGCAAAUAGGCAAGCAGGGUGGCCAUGGAGCUGCUCCUUCCAGGAAUUAUUGUGGGCAGGAGUGAGACGGGGCAGUGCUGGGGCUGGGAACCUUUGGUCCGUCGGUCGGUUGGUCUGCCUGCUACGGGGAGUUGGGAAUGUGCAGCCUCAGGGUCUUGUCCCAGGUCCUGCUGCAAGUGACUGCUGACCUUCAAGGAGCCUCCCCGGAGCUCUGAGUGUGAUGGACCUCGGCCCCUCUUGGGGACUGCCUAGCUGCUUGGUGCGUGCUCCCCGCCCUCUACACCCUCAAUGACUUUGGCAAAUAGUAGGAGACACGGCCUGGACUGAAGUGGGAGGGCACCCUAUGGAGGCAGCCUGUCUUGCAAGGCAGCUGCUCCUUCUUUCUGUAAGCGUGUUUUGGCUUGGUUUUCUCUGGCAGGGCUGCACAUGGUGGUGGAGAGCAGAAUAGGGCCUUGGGGAGCAUUCUUGCAACACCCCAGUAGUGAUUUUCACUAUUGCUCCUAAUUUUAUUUAUUAAGUUGGACACAAACCUGGACUUCAUGAGUCCCCCUUUCCCUCUCAUGUGCCGAUGAGACCAGCAAAGCCAGAGGGCUCCUUGAUGGGGCCUGAAGCGGCCACCACUUGGGCAGUCAGGACACUCGUGUUAGACUGGUCUGCCGGUGAAGUGGGAGCAGCCUUGCCUCUGGGACAGCAGCCCCCUGCGACUUCCAGGCCCGGCUGGUCUUGCUACUUGCUCAGCCGCCUCUGCUAGGGGCUUGGGUCUGAGCACAUGGUUAUGCUAAGCAGCUGGGACGUGGGUAGCAACUGAGGACUUCUUUCUGGCCCAGAUGGAGAACCUGCCGGGGUGGAAGUCUGAUGCUUUUGCUGGAAGCUGCUGCUGGAGUCUAGAGAAGGGAAGUAUUUUGCUACGGCUGCUCCAUUGACACAUGCUGGGCUUUAAAAUGCACUUUAGUUCUCUUUAAGCCAACUGCUGCAAUUUCAUUUGUAAAUAACUUCACAAAAUUUAUUAGGGUGUUUCUGCCGCCCCCCUUCUUUUUGCUCUGAGUAAAAGUUAAUGUGGGUGUGCAAAAGGAAGAGCACUUAACCUCAGUGCAAUAUGUAUAGCUAGAAAUGGUGUCCACAUGUGCGCUGUGUGUGUGCCCGCGCGUGUGUGUGCGCAUGUGACUGAUGGAUUGGAUGUGGGAACCAACUUAGCUGUGCCACCUUCUGAGUUACGCACCUCUAAGUAAAUGUCCAGUCUAUGCAAAAUUCCAUUAGGAGCCUGAGCUGCAUGGAAUCAAGUUAGGUCACUCAUGUUUCUGCAACAAUUUUGGUCCCUGCUCAGAUCCAGUGAUAGGUUGUUACAGCUGCCAUCCUUUUCUCAACUCCCCACAGAGGGAAAGGCAGACUAGGGGAAGGAGACAUGGCUGCCGUUUCAUGGCAUGUAGCACCUUCUGGAAUGGAUCUUCCUGAUCUUCUGGAUGUCACAUUCCUGCCUUACUUUACAGCAAGGGACUCUACGCCAGAAGUGGGGAAACCUUUCAGACAGUGUUUUUAAAGGAUUUCCCUUCUCCUCUUCACCUUCUCCUAGAACAUGCCAAUCGUUGAUCUGUAGAUGCAAAUGAUUCAAAAAAAGAAGCUGCUCUUGAGAAAUUGGGAGACAGAGGAGGUGGCAGCGCAACGAGAAGGUUCCUCUUUGCAAAGGCCAUUUGGCUUGGGGUUAGAUGCUACUCUUUAAUGUUACACUCUCUGGGUUAGUUUUUUAAUUGGGAUAUUCAUACCUUUUUCUAGAAAUAGUGUCUCCAGUUUUGUUUUUAAUACACAUCCCCUGAAGUUGGGGAGAAGGCUGACCUUACAACUUCUGCAUUGUUUAUUGUUGUUUCAUUCUACAGUUUGGACUCUGGUUCUGCACUGAGAAAUGCCAAGGAAACUGGAUAUUUAUGUAGGGCAUGCGUGUCUGAGUGUGCAUGUGGAAAUGGUGUGUAACCCACAUUGUGUUUUUAGUGGUGUGCACGCUGGCCAAAAAUGGUUUCUAUGCAGUGGACACUUUCAAGUAAUGCAGUUUAUACUUAACAUGUGGGUGUUUUGGCUUUUAGUUCUCCCCCUCCCCCAGUAAAGCCCAGGGAGACAUAUAUUUUUCUUUUUGCAAUUUGUUAAUUGAAAUUGCUCCUGCCUUUGCUCUGCAGUCUUCUCUUUCCAAAUGCUAAGCUACUGAAACAAUGUGGGGAAACAGUAGGCGCUGCCAUUCUCCCUAGCAAUGGUCUGGACUUGGGUGGAGGCAGAUGGUAAGGCUCCAUGGGGUGUCCAUUUAAGGAUUUAGCAGCCCCUUCCUACUUUGGACUAACAGGAGGCAUAACAGGAGGUGGGUAUCUUGCAUUGCCCUUGAAAGAAAGGGCAGGCUUGUGGAUAUGUCUGCUUUUGUUGGACAGAGAAGUGUUACCAGCUACGAAUACCACACAUCCAUGAGAUGGCAGAAUUCAGGGGAAGAUCCCUUAGUUGAGAUGGGGGUUUUCAUGCCCCUUCCCACACUGGAAUGGGGGAGGUGGAGACCCUCAAAGGGCCUCAGCUAACUUUUGCAAAGGGUCUUUCUGGGUCCCUCCUCCCAGCCUGGAACAUCAGCUGAGCACCUGAGUUCCUUCACGGUGUUGCCUGGGGAGAAGCGCCAAGAGGUGCAGAACUCGGUCUCCUGUUGCUGCAUGGAUCUCCAGUGGCACACGAGGAGUGAAGGGGAGAUGAUUCGAAGUUGCCAGUUUCUCUCAGGAGUACGUGUGUUGUGUUUAAGCAAAUUUAAUUUAAUUUGAAACAUGGGAACAAAUGUCCUUGCAUUGAGUGAUGUGAAGAUGUGUUACAGGUACAGUACUUCCAAAGGAAGAGCCUCUCCAAACCCCACAAGCAUAAACAUGAAUUUGUAUUUUUGAAGAAUGUAAAAUGUGAAAUAACAGUGUUUGCUUAAAUGCUACUUUUUGUAUAAAAUUAAUAUUGUACUUUGAAAUACCUGCAAGGAAGUGGAAAUUAAUUUUUUAAUUGAAAGCAAUAUAACACCAAUGGGUUCUAAUUAAAUGCUUAUUUAAACCUGG